CACAAUUUGCAGAGCUCACGUCCCAGAAAGCCCAUGGAGGCGCUUCACCGUCUAUCAUUUCGUUUCCUCUCCGUACCCCUAGCUGAAAGGUGCCUCCUAACUGCUUCAACAACCCCGACAUUGUCCCCUGCCCGAGUAUCACUAUUCAAAGCUGGAAAUUCACUGUUCUAUGGGAACCCCACUACCUCGAAGUCUUUCAACUCGGCAUCUCCUAGGAGGGUGGCCAAAGCAGGAUGGUUUGUGGGUCUUGGAGCUGAUAAAAAAUUAAGCUUGCCUGACAUUGUCAAAGCCGGUGACCCAGUUCUCCAUGAACCUGCCCAAGAAGUUAAUCCUGAUGAAAUAAGCUCCGAGAGGAUCCAGAAGAUCAUCGAUGAUAUGAUAAAGGUCAUGAGAAAGGCUCCUGGGGUUGGCCUAGCGGCUCCGCAGAUUGGAAUUCCCUUGAGGAUAAUUGUUUUGGAAGAUACAACAGAGUAUAUUAGUUAUGCUCCCAAGGAAGAGAUAAAAGCUCAAGAUAGGCGACCCUUUGAUCUUUUGGUUAUCCUAAAUCCAAAGCUGGAGAAGAGAAGCAACAGGACGGCCCUAUUUUUUGAAGGUUGCUUGAGUGUAGAUGGAUUUAGAGCAGCGGUGGAGCGAUACCUUGAUGUUGAGGUCACAGGUCUGGAUCGUAAUGGAAAACUCAUCAAAAUAAAUGCUUCCGGCUGGCAGGCUCGAAUAUUACAGCAUGAGUGUGAUCAUCUUGAUGGAACCCUCUAUGUUGAUAAAAUGGUUCCUAAGACUUUUAGAACGGUAGAAAACUUGGACUUGCCUCUGGCCCAGGGCUGCCCAAAACUAGGUCCUCGCUGAUCCCGGGUUUUGAUGCUGCCUUCCACUUUUUGCUAGAGCAUCAAAACUGGUUUCUUAUGAAUGUUAGUGAGGAUUCGUGAGUCCAAAUUGAAGUAUAUCAUCUAUAUGAUUGAAUGCUGUCUCAAUUUGAGCAUGGGGAAAGCCCUGUAAGUUUUGUUGUAUUAUGUUCUCGUAACUUCCAUAUGAUUGAGUGCUGCUGUCUCAAUUUGAGCAUGGGGAGAGCCCCUUAAGUUUUGUUGUAUUAUGUUCUCAUAACAUUUUUUUAAAUAAUAUCUACCUUUUCAGUUUAA